AUGGUGCCGCCGCCGCGGUGGCCGCCUCUCUGCACGCUGCCGCCGGGCCCCGGGCCCCCGCGCUUCGUGUGCUACUGCGAGGGGGAGGGCGGCGGGCCCGGGGAACAAGGCGGCUUCAACCUCUGUGUGACGGACGCCGCGGAGCUCUGGAGCACCUGCUUCACGCCGGACGGCCUGGCGGCCCUGAAAACCCGUUUUGGCCUCAGUGCUGCUGAAGACAUUGCCCUCCGAUUCAGGGCAGCCUGUGAGCGGCAAGCUGUGACUCUCACCCUGCAGGAGGACAGAGCGUCCCUGACCCUUUCAGGGGGACCCUCGGCGCUGGAACUUGAUCUGUCCAAGGUGCCAGGCCCAGAAGCAGCCUCCAGGUUGCAGGCACUGAUGCUGGGCCUGGCGGAGCGUGUGUGCAGCUUGGAGCAGCGGCUGGCAGCUGCUGCAGCAGAGAUGGCCCCCAGCCCCAGAAAGAGCGCCUGGCAGGCGGGGCCUCAUCUCUUCUUACCAGACCCAGAUCCUCAGAGAGGUGGCCCUGGACCUGGGGUCAAGAGGCGGUGUCCAGGGGAGUCUCUCAUCAACCCAGGCUUCAAGAGUAAGAAGCCGGCAGGUGGUGUAGACUUUGAUGACCCCUGAAGGCACUGCGGAAAGUGUGACGUCAGGACUGUGCCUCUGAGGGCAGGGCAGGGGCAGCCCCCAGGACCUCCCACCGGCACCUGCCCAGCCUGCUGCCAGGCUCGAACAAGGCCACUCCUCCAGCCCCUCGCCCAUCAAAUAAACAUCUUCAUCUGGCGAAAGUCA